CACACACACGCGCGCGCGCGAGCCGCUCACAGCUGCUUCUAUUUAACUGUUUUUCCUUUUCUGCGCCUUCGACGCAGGUUUUGAACCGUCACGCGCUUCUCUGUAAACUUGCGUCCAGCUGUCAGCAGCUGUCCGUCUCUCUGUCUCUCAGUUUUCAUUUCUGUAACACUUCAAUAAACACUUCACUUUAAUUAGUUCCGGCACGUCACGUUAAUCCGGAAUCAUUAAUUACGCGAACUGGGCUCCUCGCGCCGCCGCCGCCGCUCAGCUGGAAGACUCCGCGGACCACCGGGGACCGGCGCCGUGCGCCACCGUUAGUCCUGGAGAUUUACAGCCCUGAUCGAGCCCUGACACGGGGCCGUUAAUCACCAGAGCCCCACUGCUCCCGGUGCUGCGGUGCUAACCGAAGGGUGUGUGUGUGUGUGUGAGUCAGCAGCAGGACUCUCUCUCUCUCUCUCUCUCUCUCUCUCACACACACACACACACACACACACACACACACACACACACACACACACACAGUAAACACUUAAAGACCCGGGAUACCCCCACAGUCCAUUCCGGUCCUGGACCCGCCCCGCCCCCACCCAGCUCUGCUCCGCCCGUCCGCCGGGACGCUCAGCUACAGAACGGUUCAUCCCGACCGGACAGACACCGAGGAGAGCGUCCGGACCUGCUGUCAAUGGCGUCCUUCAUCUCCACCCUCCUCCUCUUCAUCGUGACAGUCGGGAUCACACCAGCUGUCAGUCAGUCCAGUCACCCGCCAGAGUCCAUGUGUUAUGACUGGGGGGUGUCCAGUGAGGGGGCGGUCUCAGUCAUGGAGGGGGAGGCCGGUUGGCUCUCCUGUCCUCUUUUCUCUCAUCCGUCCGUCUACAACUACACCUCCACCCAGAGUGCCGGGCACAACCUCUUCUGGUACCGCCUCCCUGAGGGUCACGACCUGGAGCAGCCAAUCACGUACAGCUCGCGGCUCAGUAAAGACAGGGAGAGACUGUGGCUGCAGCCGGCCACCGUGGAGGACACGGGACAGUACAUCUGCAUGCUACGUAACAAGUCGUCCUGCAGUAAGAUCGCCAUGCACCUGAAGGUGUUGCGGCGUGACGAGUUGGCCCUCACCUCCGACUGCCCGCCUCCGGUUGCCGUGGUAGGCGCUCAAGUGGCGAUCCCGUUGCAGGAAGGGUGGACCCUGAACUGUCCAGACCUGCAGGACGCUGCCAAGAUGACCAACAGCACGCCACUCGUCACCUGGUACCACGUGAAAACAGAUGGAUCGAGGUGUUACAAAUACCCGUUCUGGAACACCGACCGGCAGCAGAAAGGAGCCAGUCUCGAGUUUUACGUCAUGUUGGAUCCAUAUCAGGGUUUAUAUUACUGUACAGUCAGCUACCUGAGGAAAGGCAAAACACUCAACUUCACCAGGAGCAUCAACGUCACCGCCGUCUAUCCGACCACACUGCCCAAAGAACCCGACAUCCUCCACCCAACUGAAGACCAGGUCUUCACUGUCGAACAGAACACAGAGGUGCGUCUGGUGUGCAGAGGUUUGUUCCCCUACCUGAACUCUUUGUGGGAUAUUUGGUGGACGGUUGAUGGGAAGACCCUGGAUAAACUCAACAACCCUCGCUUUUCCAAAACCAACAGACAGGUGAAGUAUGACUACGGGGACCGGAUCGAGGAGAGCGUGCUGGUGAUCAAGGACUUCCAGUCCGAGGACCUGAACAGAGAGUAUAACUGCUCCGUGAGGAACGAUAGAGGCAGCAAGUCCCGCAGAGCUCAGCUGGAGAAGGAGGUGUCGCUGCCGUCGAUGGAGCUGGGUUGUGGUCUCGGUGUGACUCUGGUCCUCAUGCUGCUUCUCUUCGUGGUUUAUCAUGUGUUCUGGCUGGAACUGCUGCUGCUCUAUCGCUCCUGGUUCGGCACCGAUGAGCGACACACAGAUGAUAAGGAGUACGAUGUGUACAUCUCGUAUGCGAGGAACAGUGAGGAGGAGCAGUUUGUUCUGUCGACGCUGCGCAGAGUCCUGGAGAACGAGCUCGGAUACUCAGUGUGUAUCUUUGACAGAGACAGUCUGCCGGGAGGGACCAUCACAGAUGAAACUCUGAGUUUUGUGGCUCGUAGCCGGCGCCUCCUGGUGGUCGUUAGCCCAGGCUAUGCCUCUCAGGGCUCCCAGGCCCUGCUGGAGCUGAAGGCCGGCAUCGACGGCAUGGCACUGGACGGGCACCUGCGGGUGAUCCUCGUCCAGUACAAGCCGAGCCGGAGACAGGGCUGGGUCAGGGAGCUGAGGAGAGCUCGGGUGGCCCUCGCACUGGUCUGUUGGCAGGGGGAAAAGUCCAGGGAGCUGACGUCCCGCUUCUGGAAGAGACUGAGGGUGGAGUUACCUGUGAGGAGGGUUAGCAGCAGGGAGGAGGAGGAGAGCAGUAAGGAGGUGGCUCUGAUGAGGCUGCACAGCCAGAACAGCACAAACUCCCAGACAGGCCUCAUCACCAACACUGUCAAAGAUCCACAGAAAGUCCUCAACUCUGCAGCGUAGUCGUGAUCCAUCACAGCUACGCUGCAGGGGUUACAGCAGUUACCCGUGAACCCAAAACACGUUACAGGAUAUUAUAAGCUUCAUCACUUCCUGUCAGUGAACUACAGAAAGGUUCCUGUUUUCUUGCUUCAGAUAAGGGUGUUGGGUUCUGGACACUCUUCUUUUCAGUCUUCCCCAAAAAUGAGGGAAUUGAUGUUUCUGUCUAGAGCUGGUUAAAACCAGUACCAGUGCAGCGUCUCAGAUUCACAUUUCAUUUUCAGAAUUUUCCUACAAAACCUUUCAUUUAACAGCAAUACUGAAAGUGUACAGCCAUGUUACUGUACUCACCAUCUUAUUUUAGCCUGUUAGCAUGCUAAUAUUUUUAUAUUAGCACACCAUUCACCCUCUGGGGACCAUGAAUGUGGGUACCUAAUAUCUCAACAAUUCAUCUAAGAGUUGUUGAGAUAUUUUGAUUUGGAAAUACUGUGAAUAAUCAGUACUCGUGAGCCAAAUACAUUUUGAUUCUUCAAGGCGAUUUUAGUUCCCAUUUCAAGUUAGCUUGUUUUAACUGAUUGUUUUAACUAAUUGAUAAUAGUAAACAUGCAGAGAGUUUUAACAUUAGUUAAUAUGCCAAAUAUUAUCUCACUUGCUAAAACGCUAAACAACAAUCCUGAUGAUUUAACGACCUCCUUGCCUGUAGUUUAGGUGAAAAUGUAAAGUUUGGCCUGGCAGUCCAGUCCAGCAGGUGCUGAGAUACCAAAGUGUUCGGCCGACACUUCUCAACAGACGGAUGAAGAUACUGAAAACAAAGUAGGAAAAAACACUCAUCAACAGCUCCAGAGACAAAGAACAAAGCAACAAACAAGACCAUGAAAAACUUGUGGUGCCUUUCAGAUUAAUGCUUUUUACUUUUUCAUAGAUACAGCUUCAGUAUUAGUUGUCCUCUCAUUAUCAGAAUCAUUGUCAUAACUCAUCUGCACACUAUCCAUUCAUUAUCAUUAUGUUUUGCGUGUUAUUUGUCUGUCCAGAUUACCGAGCUUUGUGUCAUUUUUAAGAAACCUGGCUACAGCGUUUUUGCACUCGUACUGUAUGGGAUUGUUUUGACGCCUGGAGGUCGGGUUUACCUCGGGGUAUUUGUGCAAAGAAGGCAGGAAAGACAACCAGAGCUUUAGAUUGGUGGAGACGCCUGUCAGUCAAGACAAAUUCUGUACAUUUUCAUACACUCACACAUUAGAGGAAGUCAGAUAACCUGAAUUUGUGGCAAUAAGACGUAUUUUGGUAUUUCAGACUCAGCUUCACAGCCUCAGCUGUACUUAGCCUAAAACUAACAUUAGCGUGACUUAGAAUAUAUAAGGAGUAACAUCCUAACAGUAGGAUGUAACAGAUUAUGUCUGCAUUAUUCUCAAAUGACAGCUAAGGCUGAAAGGAAUUUGAUUGGUUGUUUACAUGUGUCCUUUGAUAAAAAAAAAGGAGGAUUCAUCCUCAGGGGACCACGAAUGUUUGAACCACAUUUCAGUCUCUCCAAUAGUGCCUAUAGAGAGAGGUUUUCUUAUUUACUUCAACACAGCGAGAUGUUUCUCAAAGUUGCACCUAGUGGCCAUUAGAGGAUUUGUAUUUGAAUACAUUUCAAUAUAAUACACUCACAGCGGUGGUGUUUGCUUAGCUUUGCUGUUGGGUGUUAUCUGCAUAGAGGGAGAUUUACAAAGUCAAAUGCAACAGACAGAGGAAACCACAGGUGUAAAAUGUUACAGAGCAAACAGAGACCUGUGGAGGAGGGAGCCAUGCACUGCAGCUGUCAAAUAUUUGUCAGAUAAAAAUGUAUUAACAGAGUAAAACUCGCCUGAUCAUUACUUUAAAAUGUUGCUAUUACUCUGCACUUUCUGUAUGUUUUAUUUUUGUGUUUUGGCACUGCUUCCACUUUUAUACAUUCAGUAUAUUAUAAAUCAACUGUAUCAAGAUAUAAUUUUCUUUGAAAAUGUGUUAUAUGCUAUUCAUCUUUAACACUUUAAAAAACAGUAAUGGGAGAAUACUUCUUGCACUUUGUCAUGCUCUAAUAUAUGUUUAAAGUAUUUCAUGUGUUUUUUUAAUAAAUGAAUUUUUCUUCUGGUGCUA